AUGGGUCCUGGCGUCUCAUAUCGCGAUCUCGAGGCGUGCCAGAUGUCCAACGAGGCGCUCGCGGAUGACGUGGUCACCGCCAGAGUCAGGGCAGCCGUUGCGGGCGAUUUUCAGCCUGAGCGUGUCAACGGCCUCCCCAUGAGGCCCGAUGAAGGGUCGAUUAACCUGGGCUCGAUCGACGCUCGGUCCUCGAGGCCUCCGGUGAAGGAGGACGAUGUCGAUCAUGAUAGAAGGCGCGAGUCCGCGGAGAAGCAAAAGUCCGCAAAGGACUUAGAAAAGAAGAAGGAGAAGGAGAAGAACCUCGAGCAGCAAGCGCUCGAGAAACGCCGCGCGAAGUCAAGGCAGAGGGGGGAAUCCGAGGAGGAAUCUCCUGAUGAAGACGAUGGCAAUGACGGUGAUGGUGAUAGCGAUGACUCUGAGGGGAUGGCGGCUCGCCUUGACAAAAUCCUCGAGGGUCCGCCGCAAGCCGACGUCGACGUCGCGCAGACAGGAGCUCCUAAGAGGGCGGCGGGCGGAUCCCGCGAUGGUCAACGAAGGGGGUCUUCACCAAGCCGCUCUCGCGCCGACACCCCUCUCGUGACCGCGCCAGGUCGAGUCGUUUCCGGGCCUCAACCUCCUCCCGUAUCUAGGGUGGGCCACCGGGUUAAGUCUAUGGCGACGGGGCCGCUGACCCGUGGCCGUGCCGUGGCCUUGAAUCAGGGGGAAAUAGGCCGUGGGAGCUCUAGCCCCAGCACUCGCCAGUCGUGGGACGUCGAGCCGCGGCCCGCGCCUACCCUCGAGAAGCCUGGGGUCUCGACGCGGGGCGGUUCGAGACAAGCUGGUCGAGGUGCCGGCAAGCGGGCUGUUCUUCCCGUGGGGUUGAAGCGGCCGCUGGAACAAGCCUAG